AUGUCUGCCCAAACCGCCUCCGACGAAGAGAAGACGGGUGCCGGAGCCGGAGAUGCUGGCCUUGUCACGCAGACCCCUCAGGCCCCGACGCGCCAGAUUCGUGGACUCAAGUGGGCUCUCGUCGUGUGCUCCAUCCUGUCGAGCAUGCUCAUCUAUUCACUCGACAGCACCAUCACCGCCGACCUGGUGCCUGCCAUCUCCAACGACUUCGGCCAGCCUGAGCUGCUGCCAUGGCUGUCCGUCGGCUUCAUAGCUGGCGCCGCCGUCGCGCUUCUGCCCAACGGCAAGCUGUACGCCAAGUUCAACGCCAAAUGGGUCUACAUCAUCAACAUCGUCAUCUUCCUGGCCGCCUCCGCCCUCUGCGGCGCUGCUCCCUCCAUGAAUGCCAUCAUCGUCGGCCGCGUUAUCCUGGGUGUCUCCGGCAGCGCCAUGUACUGCGGCAUCUUGACCUACCUGUCCGCACUGACCGAUGAACGCGAGCGUCCCGCGUACUUGAGCUUUUCCGGUGCCACCUGGGGUCUUGGUACCUGUCUCGGGCCUGUGGUUGGCGGCGCAUUCGAGAAAGUCACCUGGAGAUGGGGCUUCUACAUCAAUAUUGUCAUUGGCGGCUUUUUCCUGCCCGUUUACCUGUUCCUUCUCCCAUCCCUCGACCCUCUUCCGCCAUCCACCACCUUCAAGCAGCGCGGUAAGCACUUCGAUUUUGUCGGCACGGCUUUGUUUGCCGCUUCUGUACUGUGUUUGGUCUUGGCCAUCAACUUUGGCGGCGUUCUUUACGCAUGGAAUAGCGGCAGUACCAUCGCACUCCUCGUGGUCGGCAUCCUUGCUUUCAUCGCCUUUGUUAUCCAGCAGAGUUACUCGUGGCUCACGACGCCGACCGAACGCAUCUUCCCCGGCCAGCUGCUCCACAUCAGAGAGGCUACCUUCCUCUUCAUCUCCUCGAUCUGCACCAAUAUUGCCAUCUUCGUCCCCAUAUUUUAUAUCCCCAUCUAUUUCCAGUUCACGAGGGGUGAUAAUGCACUGGACGCUGCCGUGCGAUUGCUGCCGCUGAUCUUCACCGUCACCUUUGCCAUGAUAGCAAAUGGCUUUCUGAUGGCCAGAUGGGGCUACUACUUCCCGUGGUACAUUGCAGGUACCGCGGUGGGACUGGUGGGCAACGUGCUCCUCUACACCAUUCACGUCGAUACACCGAACGCAAACAUCUAUGGCUACGAGGUCCUGCUCGGCCUGGGCAUAGGUAGCUGUAACCAGGCGGGUUACGCGGUAAUCCAUACCCUCGUCUCCAGGGAAAACAUGAGCUUCGCAAUCCCGUUCAUGAUGAUGGCACAAUAUGGCGGCAUCACGAUUGGGCUCUCCGUAUCUGGUGCUAUUUUCGUCAACCAAGCCUUAAAGGGUCUUCGCGGCCUGCUACCAUCGUUCUCUGAGUUGCAGCUCAAUGCGAUUAUCAGCGGAACUUCCGGUAACGCCAUCGAGACAGUCCCCGAGCAGCUUCGCGAGCCGGCCAUCUCAAUACUCGUGGAGGGCUUGCGACAAACUUUCAUCCUAUGCUUUGUUGCCGGAGCCAUUGCAUUUAUUCUGUCUGUUUUCUUGAAUAAGAAGAAGGCAUUUACCCCAGGUCAAGCAGCACCUGCCCAUAUGGGAUAG